AUGACCGCAAACCAGGUCGUACAGGGGUUCAGCGUCACCAACAGGUGGCUGCUCUACGCCAGCAUGAUGCUGACUCCAGCCCAAUUUGUUUCUGGAAUUGGCAACAACUGCCCCAGCAACAUUGGCUUCUUAGCCUAUAACUGGUAUACACAAAUCCAAUGGUACCAAGCUGUACGAGCAAAGCAACUUCACGCCCUUUCUCUAUUACCAGUCUACUUCAACUUCAUUUACGCCAUUACAUAUUUCGGCGGCGUCUCGUCGGGCGAUCUCAUCACCACGGUUAUUCUCACGCUAGGCUCAGCGGGUGUCAUGAUCCUAAAUACGGUUUCCGCCUGGGUGAGCUGGAAGACAAACCUCCCUGAAGGCAUCGGAGAAUACCAGUUUUUCUUCUUCGGAUGGAGAACUCUCACUAAAGGCUGGCACACGUUCUUCCUGCUCUGGCAAAUCGCCGAUUCCAUGUUGGCGUUCUCUUUCCUUAUUGGGGUUAUCCAGCUAGGUAUUGCUGCAUAUCAUUACCGCCAUUAUGGAGAGGGUGGGAAGAAGAUGCCGUGGUAUCUCAACAAGUACAUCCAAAUACCGCUAGGAUCCGCACUCAUGAUGUUGUUUUUCGGCUGGAUGCUUAUUCUUUGGACGGAACUUAUUGUUGCUCGGAACCACAUCGAGUCUGAGACGGAUAUGGUUGCGAUAUAUCUCUUUAUUGCUCAGACCGUCGCCCUAAUCCUUCCCAGCGCAUCUACCGUUUUUGGGUGCAUUACAGGGCGGAAAAAGGAGCGUUCUCAGGAACCACCUCCACAGCAAGGUUAG